AUGAAGCUUCUACCUACGUUGGUUAUUCUUACUGCGACUGCCUCUGCCUGCAGUGGCCCUGCCUUCCGUUGCAAGAAGGCCCAAGGAACUAAAGCUGGCGACUAUACCAGAACGUCCGAGAUCUGCGCAGAAAUAGGCAAUGGCGCAGAUUUGUGCUAUUGCUAUGGGGCAGCUGAAGAAUACUGCUCGCUUGCGAGUGGUGCAGAUGUGGCAAAGUUCCAUGAUUACUGUGAAGCGGACCCUGGUUGGUAUGCUUCGGCCUGUUAA